AUGCACGCCUCCUCAUCCACUUCACCCGCUGUUCGCGGAGUCAAGCGCGCGUUCAGGAAGCCAUCUCUCUCAAUCGAGGUCAAGCGCGCCCCAACCCACUCCUACAUCGAAGACGCCUCAUACGCCUCGGGCUCCCAGUACAUCAUCAUCCCCGCCGAGAGCGAGUUCUUCACCCCCUCCGACGAGGAGCGUCACUUCAACACCCCCUUCGACGUCGGGCACCGCCCUAUGUGCCUCGCGUGCGAUGAUGGGGUGUGCGUCGUCGAGAACGGGUGCGCCGGCGACAUGGAAGAUGGUCCACGGGCGAGCGCCUGUAUGGUGGACGCCCGUGUCCGCGCAGCCAAGGAUGCCCGUGCGCGAAGGGAUCCACGCAUCACGAGUUGCCAUCCGCUCAUCGACGUCGGCGACUGCGAGUACGCCAACUCCUGCGAGCUGCGGUCUCCAGCGUCGCCGUCGCUCGUCGCGCACCUCCGUGUGUUUAUCGGCGCGUAUUGA